AUGGGUAAGUGCCUCCUGCUGCUGCUGGUGGUCCUGUCCUCACUGCUGGGAUUCCUGCAAGCUCUGGAAUGUUUCCAGUGUCACCGAGUCAAUGCCAGUGGGAUUUGCGAGACUGGGAAACACUUCUGCCAGACUCAAGGCAGCCAGCAGUGCUUCCUCAGGAAGGUCUAUGAAGGUGACACUGUUUCCUAUGGAUACCAGGGUUGCAGCAGUGUGUGUAUUCCUAUGAAGCUCUUUAAACCCAGUGUUUCUGUGGAAUUUAGAUGCUGCCAUGACUCACCUCUCUGCAACAAGUUCUAA